AUGGACCCGCCGCGAUCUGGCCUCUCCCGCCUUGCGGCUCUCGGACCAGUCCAGGAAUCUCCCCCGCCUCACAACCUUCCGCGGCUCCCACAGUUCGCGCUCAGCCCGGCCGGCCGGUUCGAGUGGCCGGACACGCCGACCGAGGUGAGGGACCACGGGCGGUGUGCGGGCGACGGCAAGGGCCAGCGAGCCGGCCAGAGAAGGACGUGCGCCGGCGAGGAGUCGUGCGCUGAGCCGUCGCCGCCGCCGCCGCCAGACCCCAGCCUGCGCGGUGCUCCGUGCCAGGAGGGCCCGGCGGCCAGGCCGAGUCCCGGCCCAGCAGGGCAGGGGGAGCUCUCGACGGCGACGAGCCCGGCGAGGGGCCAGAGGAAGAGGACAAGGAGGAAGGGCGGCCUCACCGAGGACCCGGCAAUGGCGCUCGACUUUCUGGCUGGAUGCGCUGGGGGUGUGGCAGGUGUGCUGGUGGGACACCCCUUUGACACGGUCAAGAUGAGCGUAAGCCUCACCCCGGAGAGAGCGCUAGUGCGGCUCCAGGUCCAGAGCAUGGAGAAGCCCCAGUACCGAGGGACCCUACACUGCUUCCAGGCCAUCAUCAAGCAGGAAAGCGUGAGUGGCCUGGGGCCGGUGGGGGUGUGGCGGGGAACCAGCCUCUGGGAUGCUGCGGCCCCCAGACCGUAGAGCUGGAAAAAGAGGCUGCGGGGCCACUGUUGGGCAAAUCCAGGCUUUGCAAACGGCAGGGUGCAAGUGCCCGGGCCUCUCAG